GUGCCCCACAUCCUGCAGUGCAUCAUUACAGAGCUACAGCUUCUUGCCAUGAUGGAGAAAUUAUGCGGAAUCUGCUUAACCAUCUUUUAUGUCCAAAUAUGUCUCUCAUUGGCAUCCAACGAUAAAGUCAUCACUGAGGUUGGAAAAAAAGUAUGUCUGCCUUGUGGUAAAGAAACUAAUGGAGAUAUCGAAUGGUUUCGGAAUGAAAGGGUCUUAAUGAAAUACACAAAAGGCAACAAAUAUUAUGGCCCUAAAGUAGAAGAUAAGAAUCGUUACAGUGUUCCGUCCCAUGCUACCAAUGACCUGACCGUGACGGAUGUUAGGACUGAAGAUUCAGACACUUAUACUUGUCGGCAUGGAACGUCCGUUUUCAGAACUGUGAAACUCUUCGUUGUUCAAGUAUCCAUACGACCAUCUACCAGUCUUCUUCCAUCAGAAGACCUGGUAUUGGAAUUGACACCAUCAUCUUCAUCAGUUCCGGGACUCCGAGUCUCAUGGGAGAAGGAUGGGAGUGUGAAAUCAGAGGAUCCUGAAUUGAAGGUGUACAAUGUGCAAUUAAACAGCAGUGGUGAUUACGUGUGCCGCCUUAAGAUGGAUGGUGGAAGUGGACUAGACAUCACCAGACAUAUCAAAAUUUUCGGUUUCCAUGACUCUCCGUCCAUUGUCUAUACAUCAGGAACAAACCCUGUCACCGUCCCGUGGAUCUUCAACUUCGACAUUCGAAGCAAACCCUUGUCCUCAGAUGUCCACGUAGUAGAAGGGUCCAUCAGUUAUUCAUCUCAAAUCCUCAAUCAACUUCAUAUGACGGAAGGCGCAGCAGGUUGGGCUGCAAAGAGUCAUUCGAAGGAUGCAUCAGCGAAACCAAACGACCUGAGCGUUUAUCUUCUGAAUCCUAAAAGUGGCGAUUAUCAGAUGGAGAUCGUUCUAAAGAUCGGGAAUAGAAUGAAGAAUCUGACGAGAAAGGUGUGCGUGGCCAGUCUCACAGUGUCUGAUUCAAGAAGUGACAUCAUCCUGGACGCCCAAACUCCUCUCCAGUGUCGAGUAAACUGCAUUGACAUCAAUGCAAAACUGUGUUGGAAUCAAUGGAACACAAGUCAUGGCAUAUGUGGACAACAGGGACAAAGCUCCUUAGAUAUAGUCACAGCUGUGAAUGAGAGUGAGGCCAUCUGGACCUGCAGUGUCAUCAAGGGGAAGGAGAGGCUGAUCAGUGCCACUGUCACUCUAGCUGUGGAGUCAGAUUUUUUGGUCUUAUCUAAUUCCAUGCUCUGGGUGGCAGUUGGAGUCGGAAUCGUCAUACUUUUACUAAUUGUGGUGAUUAUAACCCUUGUAAUCGCUCGGAAUCGCAGGGUGAGGCGGGCACGGCACAGGGCAUGGCUGUUACAGAACUUGCACCAGCAGAGGAAAUGUGAGUGUAAAGGAUUUGCACCCCAGCGGCUCAGAGAGAAGAUCUGAUUGUGUCUGAGGUCCUGCAGACUACAUUGUACAGAUCGCAACUGUAAAUUCGCUUGCAGAGCAUUUCGUCCUUAUUUGAUGGAGGCCUGCAGAGGAUCGCUUAUGACCAGUGUUUGCAGAAUGUUGCUGUAUUGUCGCACCCAUCCUGAUAAUUAAGGGGCUCUUAGGUGCGAGCAAUAUCACUGCAGCGUGACAAGGCAAUGCUUGCUGCAACUGAGGACAAAUGUCAGGCAUAGAACACAAUGGAGGCGCAAAACAAUGCUAAUGUGACCCAGCACACCUGAAUAUUAGUCCUGCAGAACAUUACUCUACCUUACUGUGCUACUCGGCAGACUGCUGCAUUGUGUUACCUUAUAGAUUGUGUUGUAUUAAUCUGCGGACUGUUACAUUGUGUUAUUCUGCAAACUGC